UAUGCUAAAUUUGAGUAGAUUCGAAAUUUUUGUGCUAUAAUAAAGGAAAGAAAAGAGGCCAAAUAUACAGCCCAUUAGUUUCUGUUCCGUAACUCCAGAACACAAAACUCAGCGGUAACCUAGAGAAUGAGUUCUCAGAUUUUUCCGGUGGAGAUGGGAUCCUUAACGAAAAGACCGUCUUUUUCUCUUUGAGGAUUUUGAUGGAUACAUUCUUGAAUGAUAUCCUAUCUCCCACUCGACCCAGAUGGAGAAAAGUGGCAUAUGGAGGGAUGCAACCUGGGUUUGAUGACAACCAUACAGAUGACUCUUUUCUUGAAGAUAUGGUUAUGAAUGCCAAUGUUGUCAAAAGGGACAUUCUGAAAGUGAUGCUGGAUUCUGUUUCCAUCUCCCAAUAUCUGUGUAUUGUAGCACUUGUUGGUUUGGUUUGGACCUACACCCUCAGAUCAAUUCUUAAUGAAAAUUCACUCUUGCUUCUUGAUGUCACUCUUCUUGGAUUGGGUUUUCUGGUUCUCCUUUUAACUAAAGAAAUGCUUUCCUUCAAUCUUUUCUUUCGUUACUUACUCAAUAUUUCCUUUUUCAUCAGUGGCUUGUAUGUUUUAGCUCCCAUCUAUCAAACACUUACAACAUCCAUUAGCUUGAACUCCAUUUGGGCAGUAACUGUGUCACUCCUUGUGCUCCAUCUCUUCCUCCAUGACUAUUAUGGAUCCACCGUAAGAGCUCCCGGGGCUCUACACAAUCCGACCUUGACAAGUUGCAUCUCUUUAAAUGCUUCUGUUGUGGCCUCAGUUUUCAUUGCUUCAUGCCUUCGUUCAAGGCUUCUUGUUUUUGCUAUCAUGCUUUUCUCCUUGCAAGUUUUCCUUUUUGCUCCGUUGGUUACUUACUGUAUUAAGAAGUAUUCCUUCCGUUUGCACCUUUGGUUUUCUUUUGGUCUCAUGAUCGCAACCUUGGCUUUUGUUUAUACUCUGCAUUUGUUACUUUUUGUGAUGUUGUUUGGAUUGUUGAUUUUUGUAUCUGUGGUUUGUCCAUAUUGGCUUAUAAGGAUGCAAGAAUACAAAUUCGAAAUCAAUGGUCCUUGGGAUGAGGCUAAACUUUGUUUUGAUAUAACUGAUUGAGAUUUUCGUGCCCUUUCGUGUAUUUGUGGUUAUCUCCCCGCUUCUCUUGUCAUCCAUCAUAUUUAGGCGUAUGUUUCAUCUGCAUAGCAAUUUGCUCUCUGCCAUUUCUUUGUGGAUGGAUUUCAUAGUAUUCCAUUGUCUUUGCUUUCAAGGAAGUUGGGAUAUGUUAGGUUGCUGUUAUUUGGGAAACACAAGCCAUUACCCUCAUGUGAUAAUCAUAAGCACGCCUCGUCUGUUGUUGGCGGCAUGGGAUAACAGAGGUGGCUAUUCAACAUUAUCUACUAGUUCUGGAGGGAUAUUACAAUGUCGCGAAAGUUCCAAUGGUAAUUUGAUAUAACCCCUUGUGUUCAUAGUUCAUGGGGUAUUCAGCAACUUUGGACCAUCUGUCUACUAAUCUAUGUGAAGAUGCAAGCUGUGUGAUUCAGAGAAUUGAAUUUGAGUUGGCUAAUUCCAGCUAGAUGCUAGUCUCACUUGUGUGAAAGGCUUAAGGUGGAUAAUUUGGGUGGAGUAGCAGAAGAGGAUUUUGACAAUUAUUGUAGGGUGGAGGUGGAGCUGCUAUGGGAUAGAGUUAGAUUUUGAGCUUCAGUUUCAUCCGAAUUUUGGGUUUUACUUUCUUUUACAAUUGUAGAUUGGAAAGCAGCAGUUAUGUAAUAGUCUAUUAUCAGAUAAGGUUUUUUUGUGGGAAGUCUGAUGCUUUUUGUUGUUUUGGAUGUAUAUCUUUGAUGUACUACUUGCCCACUGCGUUUGUACACUAUCCUUAUUGUUUAAUAAAACUAUUCUUGUUUCUCAUAAAUUAAUAAAUAAACAAUCUGUGUGCUACUCAUUGUGCACACACUUAAUUAUGUUGA